AUGCGACCAAUCCAUUACGAGAUCUAUGAACGGCCCCAAUCCUCCAGCGACAAUUCUUCCAGUGAAGACGACAUCCCCACCACCCUAGCUCCUCACGCCCUUCCCGAAGCGAUUCUAGUCCACAUCAACUGCUUCAACCUCUACCGCCUGUGCAGCCACGCCCUCCGCAAGAGCAAGCUAGUUCCGGACAAAACAGAAGCCGACUCGCUCGACCGACUGUGGACGGAAGAGGGGGAGUAUGAGAGGGAUGUAAAGAGGAUAGACCCGAGGGAAAUUUUGUGUUGGGAGAGGAAGAUGGGGAUGGAGCAGCGCAUGGAUGUGGAGAAACAGCGAGGGAGGUGGCCGUGGAUGAGGAUAACGGUUGAUUUGAUUGGUAUAAGGAGGAUUGAGAGAUUGGGUGAGAGGCCGAGGUAUCAUGGGGAGGAUACGGAAGAAAACGGACUGCAGUAUGGGUAUGCCAUGGUCAAUGUUGAUGAGCUGAAGGGCGUGAUAGCUGAGGUCAAGCACAAGCGACUUCGGCUUCGUCUCCCCAGAGGACUUCCCUCCCAACCACCAACGGGCUUCUACAUCUGGAACACUGAAUGCCCUCCACUUAUCUCUGAAUGUCGUAUAUAUGGCGGUUGGAAAAGUGACCCCGACUGUAAUGGUCUGCGCCGCUGGUUCGGCCCGUAUGAUCCAUACAACAGCCGAAUGCUUAAAGCCACUCGUCUCGAUCACCCCUCCAUUCGAGGCAUCACCUUCUUCCUAGACAGAGUGGAUGCCAGGCCGCUGGGCAUGCACGUUCACUGGAAGAAUCAUUGUGAACAGUGCAUUUAUCUAUAUGAUCAGUCCAAUGACAACGGGCCGGGUGACGCGGAAAUGGCUAUAUUUCCGGGAAAAACUAGUGUGGAGUGGUACCCCCUCUACUUCUAUGUCCCGAUCGGAAAAGACGACAAGAUCGUGGGCUUUGGCAUACUGAGAACCAAGGAACCCAUACUGCAUGGGACAGAGCUCGCCACGAAGAUGGUACCGCAUGCCUUGAUGGUGCGGUUGGAGCAUGCGGGGGAUAUCAUCGCGAGUCAAAAUCAUCUCGUGAAUAAGCCAAUGGAAACUUUCGACUGGUGUCUUGCGCAGAGCAGGGGGUCUGGGCCGGUAGCGCUUGUGUACGGAGUGCCUCACUACGGCUGCCUGAUAUGGGAAUGGUUUGGCGGAUAUGACGGAACGAAUCCUGAGAAGCAUUGCCGGUUUGAGCCCAAAUUCGAACUGCCGCCAAGCUUGAAGCACCGGGGUUUGAAUUUCAGUGAUUGCGACGAUGCCAUCUACACAUGGGCGCCGUUGGACGGUCUCGAAUCAGCCACUGAAUAUCACGACGGUUUGCCCAAGUACGGCUAUGGAAGCAGCGGGAUCCUGCUUCGGUAUAACGACGGUUCGCAAAGAACAGUGGGGUUGGGAAUCAGCGCCGGCUAA